AUGGCCCCGGAAAAUGAAAUCGCCACCGUAGCGGCGCGGAACGAGAAAGCAGACUCGAUUAAACAGACCGAAGAACCUGUUUCCUAUGAACAGGAUAAAAAAAAUGACAGCACAUAUCCUCCCGAACAAACAUCUCGCUACAACCCCAUUAGCUCGCGCCUGGGCUCGUUGAUUCGCAUGUUUGAGCAGCAGCUCGUCGAAUAUAAUUUUGAGGCGCGAGGCAUUGAGCGUGUUGCGCCAGAUGAGCGCAUGAAGAAGCUUUCAUGGGUGUCAUACGCCCAGGCACUCUUGCUCUGGGUAUCCAUCAACCUUGCUGCCAACAAUGUGACUCUGGGCAUGUUAGGACCUGCCGUAUAUGGGCUUAGCUUCAAGGACUCUGCACUAUGUGCCUUCUUUGGGUGCCUUGUUGGCGCACUUGUUGCCUCUUGGAUGGCUACAUGGGGCCCAAUCUCUGGUAUUCGUACCAUGGCAUUUGGCAGAUACUCGAUGGGUUGGUGGCCCAGCAAGAUUAUCGUCUUGCUGAACCUUAUUCAAAUGAUCGGAUACUGUCUGAUUGACUGUGUCGUCGGCGGCCAGAUUCUUUCAGCGGUUUCGCCAGGUGGCAUGUCCGUUGCUGUCGGGAUUGUCAUCAUUGCUAUUAUCAGCUGGGUUGUGGCUACAUUUGGUAUCCAAGUGUUCCACUACUAUGAACGAUUUGCAUUCUUGCCUCAGUUAAUCGUCAUUUGCAUUCUAUUUGGUGUUUCAUCCAGCAAAUUCGACCUGUCUACUACUUCCCUUGGUGAUGCACGUACGGUAGCCGGGAACAGGCUAUCCUUCUUUUCCAUCUGUGUUAGCGCAGCAAUCACCUACGCCCCCCUAGCAGCAGACUUCUUUGUCUAUUACCCGGAACAUACCUCCCGCACCUCAAUCUUCUCUCUUACCCUCAUUGGCCUGAUAUGUUCCUUCACCAUGGCAAUCAUCUGCGGUAUCGGUCUUGCCUCCGGCAUCAAUGCUUACCCCGAGUACGCAACCGCCUACAACAAGGGCCAAGGCGCCCUCAUCGUCGAGGGUUUUGGUCCUCUCCAUGGCUUCGGCAAGUUCUGUUCUGUCAUCAUCGCCCUCGGCCUUAUCGCCAAUACUGUCGCGCCAACAUACUCCGCCGGCGUUGAUUUCCAGAUUCUCGGCCGCUACGCAGAGAAGGUCCCCCGCGUGAUCUGGAAUACCGUCGGUGUGAUUAUCUAUACCGUUUGUGCGCUCGUCGGCCGCAGCUAUCUCUCGGAGAUCUUUACAAACUUCUUGGCCUUGAUGGGCUACUGGGUUGCGAUCUGGACUGCUAUCAUCCUUGAAGAGUUCCUGAUCUUCCGGUUCCGAACGGGCUAUAAUUGGGCCGCCUGGCGAGACCCUUCCAAGCUUCCUAUCGGAAUCGCGAGCUUUAUCGCUUUCGUCGUUGGAUGGGUCGGUGCCGUCCUGUGUAUGGCUCAAGUGUGGUAUAUUGGCCCUAUUGCGAAGCUAGUGGGAGACUAUGGCGCUGAUAUGGGCAACUAUAUUGGUUUCUCGUGGGCGGCGCUUGUUUACCCACCUCUCAGGUACUUGGAGCUGCAUUUUGUGGGCCGGUAG